AUGAAUCUUAAGCGUAUUGCCGAGGAGACCAUCGAAGCUGUUGAAAGCGGCUCCUUUCAACUCGGCGGGACCAUCUACGACUUGAAGGUUGCAGUCAACGAAAUGAGGUCGUCAACCGAGUUUUGGAGUCCAGAUUCAAAGAGACUCGCGAGUUGGGCGGCGACGAGGGUGGUCAGACCUGACAUUCGUCGAAACUUAGAUAUCUCGCUUCAGGAAAUCUCUUCGUUGGAAGGGUCGAGAUUUCUCGCCGCUCAGAUAUCGGCGCAGUACUCCGCUACAACAGCAUCAUCCUAUUUUUCUUCUUCUGCUGCGACUCCCACAGCCACCCCCACAGCCACCCCCAAAAUCGGUCUGCUCAACUUCGCAUCUGCCACUAAACCCGGCGGUGGAUUUUUGAGUGGAGCCUCAGCACAAGAAGAAAGUAUCGCGCGGUCUUCCACCUUGUACUAUUCUCUGACAACUCGGAACGCAGACGAGUUCUAUAAACUUCACAAACGGAUGAAGCACAAUGGGAAAUGGAACGGACUUGGUCAUACUCGGGACGCUGGAUUCUACACGCACGCAAUGAUAUAUUCUCCUUCAGUGCUGCUUUUCCGCGACGAUACGGGUUCAUGGCUGAAGCCUCUUCCUGUGGACGUCCUGACCAGCGCCGCGGUCAACGCUGGUGACAUCCGUACUAAACAUCACAUAAAGAACGCGACCAAGUCAGAGAAACGCGCACUUGAAGUUAGAAUCGAGAAGGAGAUGAAGGAGCGUAUGGCUCGGAUUCUGCACAUCUUUGCUCUCAAAGGUGUGCGAAACUUGGUCCUAGGAAGUUUCGGAACCGGUGUGUUCAAAAACAACGUUGAGGUUGUUGCUAGGUUAUGGAAGGAGCUCUUGAUCGAGACAGGUGCACCGUUCGAGAAAUCAUUUGAUAGAGUGGUAUUUGCGGUCCUGGGAAAGGAAACGUACGAGACUUUUGAAGACGUUCUCCAAUUAGAUUCAUGA